CCGACCCAUGCGAUGAUCGAUUAUCAAGUAUACAAGAUCGUUCAAGAUCUUCAGGAUGUUCAGGAUUCAGGAUGGUUCAGAAUGUUCAAGAUCGUUCAAGAUAGCCAACAUUAGGUCCCUUGAAACCGCUUGAAACCUUGAAUAUGAAGGCCUUGAACACCUUGAAAAAUGCGCGGUUGCGAGAGAAGUGGGAGGGUGGAAUGUGUCUGUCAAUGUUUGUGUUGUAAAGUGGGUUAUUUAAAUGUUGAAAGUGGGAAUGAGUAACAUAAUUGAACUAGAGAUACCUGUCACUAGUGAAAGUGAUUCAAAUGCGAAGUGUACAAACACGAAUAAAGUAUCUUAUACAAAUGCCGAUAUUCAGUAUAAUGACUUCUUUAAGCGAUACUUAUAUGGAAACAGACCUUGCAUUGUGCGUGGCUCAAUAACAGAAAAUUGGAAGAGCGUAAGUGAGUGGAUUUCCGACGGUAGACCACACUUUUCAUACAUCUGUCAAAAGUUUGGAAAUAUGAAGGUUCCAGUUGCAAACUGUGAUGAAAAAUACUAUAAUGUGCAGAAAAAGUCUGAUAUACAGCUAAGUGACUAUCUGAAAUACUGGCAAAACUACAGUAGUAAAAGUCACUCAGAUUUGCCAUGUUUGUAUUUGAAGGAUUGGCAUUUUACACAAGAUUUUCCUGAAGAGAAUAUAUAUAGAACUCCUAAGUAUUUUGCUUCUGAUUGGUUGAACGAGUAUUACAGUGCAAAGACAAGCAUUAGAGAUGAUUAUAGAUUUGUAUAUAUGGGACCAAAAGGAUCAUGGACGCCUUUGCAUGCAGAUGUAUUCACUUCAUUUAGCUGGUCAGUGAAUGUCUGUGGAAGGAAGCGUUGGCUGCUGUUUCCACCAGGUGAAGAGCUCUGUCUUCAGGACAGAUUUGGACAGUUGAUAUAUGAUGCCACAGCCCCAGAAUUACAAGAUGAAAAAAAAUACCCUAGGUAUAAGGAACUCUGCAGCUCAGAAGAGAUUAUACAAGAAACUGGUGAGGCUAUUUUUAUUCCAUCAGGUUGGCACCAUCAAGUUUGGAACUUGGAAGAUACAAUAUCAAUAAAUCACAACUGGGUAAAUGGUUGUAAUAUUGAGACAAUGUGGGCCUCCCUGAAAGACAAUCUCAUGGCUGUGAAGAAGGAGGUAGAAGACUGUAAAGAUAUGGAAGGAUGGGAUGAACAUUGCCAACUAAUACUGCAAGCAAUGUUUGGCAUGAAUUAUGAGGAGUUCUAUUCUUUUUUGACCUUUAUUGGAAACAAAAGACUAGAUUCUCUGAGAGAAAAUAAACUUAUACUUUUGUUUGGUAACUGGCAGUUGGGGAGAAAUCAUAUCUUAUUUGAUCUUGAACAACUGAAGAGAGUUUUAAUCACUUUCAUUAAAGAUACUGAUACUAGAAGUCUGAACUUUUUUAAGAACUUGGAUAACCAACCAGAACAGCUUAUAAAAGAAAUUGAGCAUUACUUUGUAUAAAUACAUGUCUUCAUCUCGUUUCUUCCACCUUCAUGUCCCAAUAUAUAUACCUAUAAUUUGUGACCUGUACUAAAUCCUGUCGACUUAUGUUACUUUUGCAUCACUGUAAGUCGUGAAUGAACACUAUUGUAUCAUGGGAUAUACUGAGAAUUCACUCAUAAAUACAGUAUGCCCUGGGUUAUGGAAGGGACAUGUCCUUGAAAAUGUAUGCAUCUCAUAAAAUUCUGUACUGCAACCCUCUUUUUUUCCAUCGACUUCCACAUUGUAAGUUGAGAUGUGUUCCUAUGGAAACACACACAGAAAUAAUAGUAGGCAGAAAUAAAAAAUGAACUUUAUAAGCUUUAGAAUUUAAUUAUUUAAGAAACCUUAAAUACAGAUACUCAAGUGUACAGUCUAAAAUAAGAUGGAAAUAGCAGCCACACUACCAGCUAUCCCUGUGUCACCAACACAUGCAUAUAGGCUACCCGUGGCCAGCUACAUACUCUGCUGUCAGUCAUGCACACACAAAACCUAUAUUUUCUAACAUCUAAAAGAAAAACUAUGAACACCAACAGCCCACUUAAUUACAUUCUAUAUUGCAAAUCACAUUAUAUAAAGGAGAAAUUGUUUUUCUUUGUACUUGAUUAAAUAUUUGCCACACUGAAUAAGAGGUGCCACCUUUGCACAGUGAGUUGUUUUUCAGAAAAUAAGGUUGAAUUUAAGCUUCUUGUAAAGUGGGAGUUAUAUUACCACCAAAAGCCAAACUGAAUAUUCUUCACAUGUAUUACUAUAGAUCCCAAAUAAAUUUCAUCAUAGUUUGUUGAGUGGGUUUGAAGUUAUAACCAGUCAAGUGGUUAUGACGUCCGUAAAUGUCAUGCGGUACUGUAUAUCAUAGUGGCCAUGAUGUACUUGUAUAUAGACAUCACACAUGUUACUAACUACUCCAUUGUAGAUAUAAUGCCAGUCAGCAAUGGAAACUUUUAUAUUGUACUCGCAAGAUGUUCUAGGUACUUUGGACUGUGACAGGAAGUUAUUGAUUGCUUGAUAGCUGUCUUGGGUUCAAGUUCUUUUGACUAAACAUUAUGGCAGGCCCUAGCAAGAAGGUGCCUGUAGGUAAUAAGGAGCUGUUCUAUGAACUGCUACUACAGAAUGAAUACAGUGGUAUUUUGUAGAGUGAAUAAUGUAGUGAUAGUGAAAUAAAUUGUGAAAAUUUUGUUAGAUGGUGAACAAAGUGUCAGUUCUGAUGAA